CAUUCCUCGCUCCCCCUCCCGUUCCCGCUCCCACUCCCUGUAGGUGGAAAUCUAGGGUUCUAGGCGCGGAUUAGAUCGUCUGUUCUUGGAGCGGUUGUUCGUGUUGCACGGAUUUGGGGUUUGUUUUGGCGAGGGUUUUUGGCUCCUGUCCUGUGGGUCGGGCAGAGGCUCGGCAGCUUUUGGACCCGAGACACCUUAGAGGCUCACUAAAUGGAGUCCAACAAUGGUGAGGCUGAUGACUUGCCUCCUCCACCUCCUUUGGCUCCAGACAUAGAGCCAAUUAAAGCUGAGGAAGCAAAGAAGUUGUCGAAACCUAAGAAGGCGCUGGUCCCAAGGAAAGGUUUUGGCAAAAAAGGGCAGCAGAUAAAGCUUUUAACAAACCACUUCAAAGUUUCUCUGAAGAACACAGAUGAAUUUUUCUAUCACUACUAUGUGAAUCUGAAGUAUGAAGAUGAUAGGCUGGUUGAUGGCAAGGGGGUAGGGAGAAAAGUGAUUGACAAACUCCAGCAAACUUACGCAACUGAGCUUGCAAAUAAAGAUUUCGCAUAUGAUGGUGAGAAGAGCCUGUUCACAAUUGGUGCUCUUCCUCAAGUUAACAACGAGUUUACUGUUGUGCUGGAAGAUGUUUCCACUGGAAAGAUGGCUGCAAAUGGAAGCCCUGGCAAUGAUAGUCCUUCUGGAAGUGACAGGAAAAGGGUUAGAAGGCCCUACCAGACAAAGACGUUCAAAGUGGAGCUAUCCUUCGCAGCGAAAAUUCCUAUGAGUGCAAUUGCACAGGCUUUGAGAGGUCAGGAAUCCGAGCAUACUCAGGAAGCAAUCCGAGUAAUUGAUAUUAUUUUGAGACAGCACUCUGCAAAGCAGGGUUGCCUCUUGGUCCGUCAAUCUUUCUUCCACAAUAAUCCUUCCAACUUUGUUGACUUGGGUGGCGGUGUAAUGGGCUGUAGAGGAUUCCAUACUAGCUUCCGUGCUACACAGAGUGGACUUUCACUUAAUAUUGACGUGUCCACAACAAUGAUAGUGAAACCUGGUCCUGUUAUUGAUUUUCUACUUGCCAACCAGAAGGUUGAUCAUCCAAACAAGAUUGACUGGGCCAAGGCUAAGCGUGCCUUGAAGAAUUUAAGGAUAAAGACAAGCCCUGCAAAUACAGAAUAUAAGAUUGUUGGUUUGAGCGACAGGAGUUGCUCUGAACAGAUGUUCACACUAAAGAACAGAAAUGGUGAAAAUGGUGACCCUGAAACAACAGAGAUGAGUGUUUAUGAUUACUUUGUCAAGAACCGUGGCAUAGAGUUGAGAUACUCUGGUGAUUUUCCCUGUAUUAAUGUGGGGAAGCCAAAGCGGCCGACAUAUUUCCCUGUUGAGCUUUGCAGCCUUGUGCCUUUACAAAGAUACACUAAGGCGUUGAGUACACUUCAGAGAUCUUCACUUGUUGAGAAGUCUAGGCAGAAACCACAAGAAAGGAUGACAGUUCUGUCUGAUGUACUUCAACGAAGCAACUAUGACUCGGAGCCUAUGCUGAUGGCAUGCGGCAUUUCGAUAGCCAAAAGAUUCACUGAAGUUGAUGGUAGGGUACUGCAGGCACCCAAGCUCAAAGCUGGAAACGGAGAAGAUAUUUUUACACGUAAUGGGAGAUGGAACUUCAAUAAUAAGAGGCUCAUCAGAGCUAGCAGUGUCGAGAAAUGGGCUGUGGUGAACUUUUCUGCACGAUGCAAUGUCAGGGAUCUUGUCCGAGAUCUCAUCAAGUGUGGGGGCAUGAAGGGAAUUAAAGUAGAUCAACCUUUCGAUGCAUUUGAAGAGAAUCCUUCCAUGAGACGUGCACCUGCUGUAAAAAGGGUGGAUGACAUGUUUGAUCAAGUAAAAACGAAGCUUCCUGGAGCACCCAAGUUUCUUUUGUGUGUUCUUGCUGAGAGGAAGAAUUCUGAUGUUUAUGGGCCUUGGAAGAAGAAAUGUCUUGCUGAAUUUGGGAUUGUUACACAGUGUGUGGCACCUACAAGAGUCAAUGAUCAAUAUCUUACAAAUGUCCUGCUUAAGAUAAAUGCAAAGCUUGGUGGCUUAAAUUCAUUGCUUCAAAUUGAAGCAUCUCCUGCUAUUCCUCUUGUAUCCAAGGUCCCAACUAUCAUUCUGGGAAUGGAUGUGUCCCAUGGUUCACCUGGACAGUCUGAUAUGCCCUCCAUUGCUGCUGUUGUGGGUUCUCGUGAAUGGCCUCUUAUCUCAAAAUACAGAGCUUCGGUGCGUGCUCAAUCACCUAAGAUGGAAAUGAUUGAUUCCUUGUUUAAGCCACAAGGAACUGAGGAUGAUGGUCUCAUUCGGGAGUGUCUCAUUGACUUCUACACCAGUUCUGGGAAGAGAAAGCCUGAGCAAAUCAUUAUAUUCAGGGAUGGGGUUAGCGAAAGCCAGUUUAAUCAGGUGCUGAACAUUGAGUUGGAUCAAAUAAUUGAGGCUUGCAAGUUUCUGGAUGAGAAAUGGUGUCCCAAGUUCACAUUGAUUGUUGCCCAGAAAAAUCAUCAUACUAAGUUUUUCUUGCCUGGAUCUCCAGAUAAUGUUCCUCCUGGUACUGUUGUGGACAACAAAGUCUGCCAUCCAAGAAACUAUGACUUCUACAUGUGUUCUCAUGCUGGAAUGAUUGGUACUACGAGGCCAACACAUUACCAUAUUCUGCAUGAUGAGAUAGGCUUCAGCCCUGAUGACCUCCAGGAGUUGGUGCAUUCACUCUCUUAUGUGUAUCAAAGGAGCACAACAGCCAUUUCAGUUGUUGCUCCGAUCUGUUACGCACAUCUUGCUGCCGCUCAGGUCGGCCAGUUCAUAAAGUUCGACGAGAUGUCUGAGACCUCGUCCAGCCAUGGAGGCCACACCUCGGCUGGCAGCGUCCCAGUGCCGGAGCUACCUCGCCUGCACGAGAAAGUUAGGAGCUCCAUGUUCUUCUGCUGAGCAGGCCUAGCUGCUGCUUUGUGUGAUGUGCUGUACUUUUGGUGGAUGGCCUGGGAUCACUUGGUGCCUUGAGAAACUUGGAACUCUGUUAGGAUGUCGGUGUCUUUUGGCUUCAAAGUAUCAGUAGUACUUGCCUAUUUGGAACUCUGGUAGGAUGUCUGAUCUCUUUGCCUGGCGAUUGAUAUGUGAUCUGUCCGCUUGCCACUAGAAAUUGAUGGUUGUUUUAACCGAGUCGAAAGUUUUGGUGUUUUAGUUGAUCUGCUUGCCAUUUGAAACAGGAAACCCACUGACACGAUGCAUUAGUGCCUGAGACCCAGAAUAUUGUGUUAAAAGGAAUAUUGGUUUGAAGCCUGGCCAGAAAAAUUAGAGGCGAUAGCUGAACUCCGUUUUUUGUUC